GGCUCCUGCUUCGCCACUCACCGCCACUCCAGUUUAUCGACAGUCACCACGAUAUAGUCCUCCGCUUGUUGAAGAAAACAAAGAUUCAAUUCUCGAAUUUAGAGUUCCUCACAGGGAUAGCAUCCAAAUUCCGAUCGAAACAUGUUGAGACUAAAUCGAUUCAUAAAACACACCAAUAACUCAACCAGAGCUUCACUCCUCUUACGUCAAAAACAGCAACAAGAAGAGAGGUUCUUUGAUCCUCUCCCUUCUAUGCGUUUCUUCCAAAUGACCUCCAAUCGCUUCCUUGACAUUUACCAGCUUGGAAACAAAGCAGCUAUUGAGAAAGAGCGUGCAAGGCUUAAAGAUGAGAUGAAUAGGGGUUAUUUUGCUGAUAUGGCAGAGCUCAAGCAACAUGGUGGUAAGAUUGCAAUGGCAAAUAAAAUUAUAAUUCCUGCAAUGGCAGCCGUGAAGUUUCCAAACUUAGAAGUGAGCUUUUCUGAUGGUAAAACUUUAAAGUUGCCUUUUGGGUCCAAUAGAAAUGUGGCUGAUGCUGAGUCAUCAACUAUUCCUAAAGCAUCUUUACUGUGUCUUUCAUUUCGAGCCAGCUCUCAGGCCAUGAUUGACUCCUGGACCAUGCCUUUCAUCGAUACAUUUCACGAUGCGAAAUAUAUUCAUCUGUAUGAGGUGUCAUUUAUAGACUCAUGGCUCCUAUGUCGGAAUCCAAUCAAGAAGUUCCUGCUUCGGAUAAUGAGGAAAUCCAUUACUGACGGAAACAAUGAACUUCAAAAGCAGAUUGGUUAUUCUUUUGGUGACCAUUAUUACUUUAGAAAAGAACUUAAAAUACUGAACCUUCUUACUGGGUACAUUUUCCUACUUGACAAAUUUGGUAGAAUAAGAUGGCAAGGCUUUGGAUUGGCUACAAAAGAGGAGUUGUCCUCCCUCCUUUCUUGCACAUCAUUACUUUUGGAAGAGAAAUGAGGUAGUUGGUGCAUAUUGUUUGACCUUGACUAUUUUUAAAUGAUCUUUGAUCCAAUGGUCUUGGAACCUGAGGUGUAUCAAAAUUCUACCAAGCAGAUACCUUACCACUGGCAUUUUCAUUUUCA